AUGUUUUCUUUGGUGGAUCCGAACGAUCUCAAGAUAGUGGACGGCGCCUCAAGACCUCCGUUCCUUGAAAUACCGAAGCCAAGUUUGAUCGAGGGGCUUCCAGAUGGCAUACUAGCGGCGAUAGCACCGGUCGUGGCGUACUGGGUGUACUCCACUUUCUAUCACAUCAUCGAUGUGUACGAGCUUGCAGAGAGGUACCGAAUUCACCCAUCGGAGGAGAUGCUUAGAAAAAACACCGUGUCUCUCCCCAUAGUGAUCCGAGACGUUAUUUUGCAGCAUGUCAUCCAGACCAUUGCAGCCCUAGUUUUCUACCAAUUUGAUCCUAAGCCGAUGACCGGCUACGAAAACCACACUCUCUGGGGAUGGAGACAGAUGGUGCCUGCUGUUCCAACCUGGGUGCUUUAUGUGACAUACUGGUAUGGUCUUUCGCUUCUCAAGAUCACAGUAGCAUUCUUCAUCAUUGAUAGCUGGCAGUACAUGCUCCAUCGCGCCAUGCAUCUGAACAAAUGGUUGUACAGACGCUUCCACUCUCGCCAUCACCGACUCUAUGUGCCCUACGCAUAUGGUGCUCUUUUCAAUGAUCCUGUCGAGGGUUUCUUGCUUGACACGGUAGGUACGGGUAUUGCUAGUUUGGUGACCGGACUAAGUCCCCGCGAGCAGAUUUUCCUUUUCACGUUUUCCACGCUGAAAACAGUCGACGAUCAUUGCGGGUACGCGUUCCCAUUCGAUCCGUUCCAAGUUGUGUUCCCGAACAACUCGAUUUACCAUGAUAUCCACCACCAGCAUUUCGGAGUGAAAUAUAACUUUUCGCAGCCUUUCUUUACCAUCUGGGAUAAGUUGUUUGAUACUACAUACCACGGCGUUGACGAGUACUCGGAUAAGCAAAAGAAGAUCUCUUUGGAGAAGUACAAGAUUUUCUUGGAGGAGCGCAGAAAGAGGAACGAAAAGAGAAAACAGGACGAGCAAAACAAGUUGAAGCGCAAAGAUGAGAAACAAGAGUAA